GAACCCGGAUGUGUCUGAGACGGUCCGGCUUCUCGGCGGGAUGGCGGGUGACGUGGCUCCGGACCCCCAGGGGCCUCCCGGGGGACAGGAAGGCGUCCAGUUCUUCCUCCAAGCAGUAAAUUCACUGUUCUCAGACUAUGGCUGGUACAUCCUCUUUGCCCUUAUUGGCGUUUAUCUGCUUGUACAAAAACUCUCAAAAAAUCUUCAAGGCUCUAGAUCCAGUGUGCCCAUAACAGCUAUCGAACCCGACGAUGUGGUUAAACAACAGGAAGCUCUUCUAGCUGCCCGAAUGAAGAUGCAGGAACAAUUGAAUGCCCAAGCAGAGAAGUUCAAGGAAAAACAGAAGAUGCUCGAAGAGGAGAAGAGAAAGCAAAAGAUAGCCAUGUGGGAAAGCAUGCAGGAAGGAAAAAGCUACAAGGCGACUCUCCAGCACAAUCAGGAACCCAUGCCCGAAGCCUCUACAUCGACAACUGUUGGAAAGCCAAAACCUAACAGAAAGCCCUUACGAGGGGAGGGUUAUAACCCCUUGUCUGGAGAAGGUGGUGGGACUUGUUCGUGGAGACCAGGACGCAGAGGCCCUUCCUCGGGAGGAUGAGGCUAAUUCUCCCGGUGUCUUCCUUUGACACAGGAGGGCAUUAACUCUACCUCGCAACCAGUGGCUGUCUGUGGGUUGCUUGCUUGUAGCGAGUUUGGAGAGAAAGGGCAAAAAAGAAGAUCGGUGAUAUUUUUUUUAAAUGUGCCAUGCCCGUCUGUGAAUUUUAGAGCUUGUCUCUGGAGUUUUUGUCCCCACCAAGUCACAGAAACCAAUGGAAAUGAAGUUCACUGCUUGUUCUCCGUAGCAACCCACUUUGGAUGACGUGGCUCUUCUAAAUGGUGGCCACACCACGAGGGCAACUGAGAUUAGCAACCACUGAGCGGGGCAGUUCUUGCCAUACUCUUUUUUUUUUUUAAUUAUUUCCGCUUCGUAUAACAAAGAUACUGUACAUAGCAUUUACAAGAGAUCUGUUUCUUUAGCUUUUUUUCUAUAGAGAAAACUAUGUGCUCUAGUUUAAUAAACAUGUCUUAAGGCUGCAA